CGACAGUUCUGCUAUUAACUGCUAUUUUCUGUUAUUAAGCGACACAUUAAAAAAUAUUAAAGCAAGUUCGGCAAAAGAGAUUUUUUUAUGAAUAUGGAUGCAAAUGCUACUGCUGACCCGGGUCCAAAGAAAAUCGAUGAAUGUGACUCUUUGGACCUCGAUGAAUUAUUGCCACAGAUAGGAGAAUUUGGAAAAUAUCAGAAGCUAUUAUUAUUCUUAAUAUGCUUGCCCGCCUGUGUACCGUGUGGUUUUUGUGCUUUCAACCAACUGUUUAUGGCGGCUACCCCACAACAUUGGUGUUAUGUACCAGAAUUAAUGAACUUGGAUCAGGAAUUAAGACGGAAAUUGAUUGCUCCGAUCGAUAAUGCACAUGGAUCACUCAGCAAAUGCAAACGUUAUGAUGUUAAUUAUACUGAAAUUCUGACGAGCAAAGAAUUUAGUGAUAUAAAUCCGAAUUCCAGUUGGCCAGUGAUUAAUUGUGACAAAGGCUGGGAGUAUGAUACAACUCAAGUUGAAUCGUCUGUCGUAAUAGAUUUUGAUUUGGUAUGUGAUCGUGCCAUAUACCCAACAUUGGGUCUAGUUGCGUUAAAUGCUGGUGGACUGGUAGGUGUUUACGCUUUUGGAUGGUUAAGUGAUCGUUUUGGGAGACGAUCAACAUAUUUUACUUGUUUGGCCACACUUCUUGUUGGUAGUGUAUUAACAUCUGUUUCUCGAGAUUUUAGAACUUGGGCCGCCAGCAGGGCUAUCGUUGGACUUACUAUUCCCGCUGUUUAUCAGAUUCCUUUUAUUAUAGCUUUGGAACUGGUCGGUCCUAAAUAUCGUGCUUUUGUAACUGUUCUAACGUGCACUUUUUACACUUUCGGAGUUAUGAUUCUGGCCGGCGUAACUUACUAUAUACGAGAUUGGACAACCAUGAGUUUAGCUACAUCAGUGCCGUUUAUAUCAUUUUUCUUAUAUGCAUUUUUUCUACCAGAAUCUCCUAGAUGGUUAUUAGCGAAUGGAAAGCUCAAUGAAGCUUUAACAAUUUUACAAACGUUAGCAAGUGUAAAUAAACGAACCAUCCCAGAAAGUUUUUUAAACCGUUUGCAAAAUUUGAAUAAACUUCAGGUAAAACAAAAAGAAAAACAGCCAGGAGCUCUUUCUUUGUGCAAAACGCCAAAUAUGAGAUUGAAGACGAUACUAAUUACUUUAAAUUGGUUUGCAAAUGAAACUGUAUACAUUGGAUUAAGUUAUUAUGGACCGCAAUUGGGUAGCGAUCCUUACGUGAGUUUUCUUCUUGCAUCAUUAGUUGAAAUACCAAGUUACGUGGUUUGCUGGUUUCUUAUGGACAAAUGGGGAAGAAGAUGGCCUUUGUGCCUAGGCAUGAUUUUGGCAGGAAUUUUGUCUUCGAUUACAGUUCUACUUCCAGCAGAUGCGGUUAUUACAACCUUGGUUUUGUACCUUCUUGCAAAAUCCGCUAUAUCUGCAUCAUUUUUGAUUAUUUACCCUUUUGCUGGGGAAUUGUAUCCUACUCAAGUUCGAGGAGUCGGUAUAGGAACAUCUUCUUACAUCGGAGGACUUGGCUUAAUAGCAAUACCAUUCAUAACUUACUUAGGUGUGGAAAACCUUAUUUUACCUUUGGUAAUAAUGGGUGCGGUAUCUAUUUUUGGUGGAAUUGCUGGUUUACGUCUUCCUGAAACUUUACAUCAAAAAUUACCUCAAACUUUAGAAGAAGGAGAAGCAUUUGGUUCUGAUUGGUCUGUUGCACAAUGCACGGAAUGCAUUCCCAAGCGGAUUAAACCCGUUGAAUCUAUCAAUGACAGUUUGUUUGGCAGCAGAGCAACAGUAUCAACUAUAGCUGAAGAAUAUCAUAAGCAAAUUUCGCAUUUAUAG